AUGAGCUGGGCCAGGGACGAGUGGAAACUAGAUUUGCCGACUGCAGCGCUACAGAAGAUAAGCGAGUUAGAAAACGACGCUGAGAAUCUUCGCAAAAGCAAACAACAGCAACAUUUUCAGCUGGAAAGCAUGUCGAGCACUUUACAAAAACAGAAACAACUCACCGCAGAAGAAAAAACUUUGAACUUAGAUCUGCGUCGUGAGAUUCAAGAGCUUACGCAAAAAUGCUGCGAACUCGAAAUCAAGGAUGAAAAGUCACAGGUCGACCUCAAGGCGAAAGACAGUAAAAUUUGCUUGUUGGAGGAACAGCUGCGGAAAACGAGAGAAAAACUUAAGGGAGAAGAAGACAAAAAUUUUGAGCUGAUCAAAAAAUUCGAUGAGCAACAAGUGGAUGUAGAGGCAAAGAAAAAUGAGCUUGAACGGCUUCAAAAGAAACUGGAAAAAGAAAGCGGAGCCAAGGAGCAAAUUGCAAAGGAACUUGAUGGUAAG